CGAAUUUUGUACGUCCAAAGGGAGUGCAGCACGCCGGCGAAGAACGAUGGAUGAUGACACGGAGCGAGAUAUCGCUCGAGUAUGGCGAGUCAACAGGACCGUCCGCGAGCUCUGCAGAGAUAGGGGCUACACCAUGUCCGAGCAGGAGAUCAACAUGUCCUUGCAAAAGUUCACAGAGUCAUACACCAUGAACGGACACCUCGAGCAAGUCUCCCGCACAGCGCUCAACUUUCAUGCGUCGAGACAUGUUCCGGUAGCUGGCAGGGAAGAGACAGAAGUGCAACAGAUCUACGUCUUUUUCGCCGAAGAGAGAUCGCUCGGCAUCAAACCCGUCAGGGAAUUCCUGACGGUCUUGCUCGAUCGCAACCUACAUAGCGGCAUCUUGAUCUACAAACAGAGCAUCACGCCGCCUGCGCUGAGGGCAAGCCGAGCCCUGUCUUCAGCAUUGGCGCAAGCAGGUCAGCAUACGACAGCAGAGGCCCUCUCUGAGAGCGAACUGCUCGUCAACAUCACACAGCACACGCUCGUGCCCAAGCAUGAAGUCCUUUCGCCAAUGGACAAAGCAGAGCUACUCAAGAAAUAUCGCUUGAAAGAUACGCAGCUGCCGCGUAUACUGCUCAGCGACCCUGUUGCGCGGUACUACGGCCUCAAGAGAGGCCAGGUUGUCAAGAUUACUCGUCCUUCAGGCAAGGAAUUGCAUCUUCAUGUCCAAACGGCAGGGCGGUACGCUUCAUAUCGACUGGCAGUAGCUCACGACCGAGUCAUCGGCACAUCUCAACGAGGAAAGAGUCUCAUGCAGGACUCUUCAGCCACAAGUGCACUCGCCAUGGGUGCAAAAGUCUACAUUAGGGUCUCCCGACAGGCUAUGAAGCUGCGAAGUACCACUACCGCUGAUCGACCUCUCUUCGCAUCGCAUUACAGAGGACGGGCUGUCAGCGAUCUCACUUGCGAGGGAGCGUGGGCACGCAUUGCCAAGUCCCAUCCGCUGCUCUUGUAA